AUGGCCUCGACAGGCGCCCCGGAAACCCCGCAAGUUCCUGCAAGCCCACAACGGAGAGGGGGAAGAGGGCGUGGGCGCGGCAGAGGUGCACACGGUGGAGAAGAUGGCCAUGAGAACUUCGGAGGGCGAGGCCGUGGUCGGGGCGGCUUCCAGAGCCGCGGGCGAGGUCGCGGCAACAGAGACGGCGCGGGCACUCGCGGUGGACACGCGCCGGAGAAGGGCAAGGCGCCUGCCAUAGACACAGAAGAGAGCGGACACGCUCCACCGACUCUCGUCAAGCCCAACCUCCAGCAAUCGGACAUCGAAGACGACGAUGCCGAAGUCUGCUUCAUUUGCGCCUCGCCCGUUCAGCACACAGCCGUCGCUCCUUGCAACCACCGCACAUGUCACAUCUGCUCCAUCCGAAUGCGGGCCUUGUAUAAAACAAAGGCCUGUGCACAUUGUCGAACCGAGUCGGACCACGUUAUCCUCACAGACGACGCCGAGAAGAACUACGAGGACUUCUCCACCGCCGAGUUUUUCAAAUCCGACGAUACCCUGGGCAUACACUUUGAGAACUCUGGCGUGUUUGAAGACGCGCGACUGCUGUUACAGUACAACUGCCCCGACGGCGAUGACCUCUGUACGCGGAACAAAAAGGUCUUUACCCACGAGCACGUCCUAUUCACGAUGGCCGAGCUACGACGGCACCAGAAGUUUGGCGACGAUAAUCCUGGAGCGAUAGAUCAAAGCGGGUUCAAAGGGCACCCGGAGUGCGGUUUCUGCAACCAGCGUUUCUACGGCGACGACGAACUAUACACCCAUUGCAGGGACAAGCACGAGCGCUGCCAUAUCUGCGACCGCCGGGAGGGAGGAAGCAGGAAACAACAAUACUACGUCAAUUACGAUUCGCUCGAGGUGCAUUUUCGGAAAGACCAUUUCCUCUGCCCAGACCGAGAGUGUCUAGAGAAGAAGUUCGUCGUGUUCGAUUCUGAGAUGGACCUCAAGGCGCACCAGUUGGAGGUGCAUCCCAACGGCCUUUCCAAGGACGCUUUACGGGAUGCCCGGAGAGUUGACAUGUCUGGCUUCCAAAUCAGGGCGCCUCACGAGCAAGGUCAGGGUAACAACAGGCGAGACGAGCGCAGACGCGAGGGUGGCAGAGGCCGUGGACGCGGACGGGAUCCGAACGCUGAGCCAGUGCCUGCGUCGUCUGCGCAGCCCUUGAGCAGAGCAGAGCUUGCAUACCAGCGGCAGAGGGAGGCUCAGAACACUCAUUCAGUAACAGGAAGAACUUUUGGGGGCCAGCUCUCUGCACCAACUCCAGGCGAGGCGUUCGCUGCUAGACCUCCUCCAAGCGCCUCAGAGCCUCCUACCGUUACUGCGUCGCGCCCAACCCCAGCGGCUGCCAACAAUAUCACAAAUGGCGUCGCUCAACUAAGCAUGGACACACAACCACCCAACCCAGUUCCACAGACACCCCAGGACCAGGCUAGACAGUUGCGUCACAACGCAGUUACGGAACGGGCCACAAACAUGCUUCGGGGUAGCGAGAUCAAGCUGCAAGAGUUCAGAGCCGCAGUAUCGGCCUAUCGCAACUCCAAGGUAUCCGCGGCACAGCUCAUCGACGGGUUCUUUGCGCUGUUCGACGCUAACUCGAAAGAGAUGGGGAAGCUGAUCAAAGAAUUGGCAGACAUCUUCGAGAUGCCAGGAAAGCGGGAAGCUCUAUUGAAGGCUUGGAAUGAUUGGAAGGCUAUCAACGAGGACUAUCCAUCAUUACCCGGCUCUGCGACAGGCUUGAACGGCGGAUCGACUGCGCGAGGAGGUUCGCGGGUACUGAAGCUGAAGAGUUCAACAGCGCAAUCAUCUCGAUCCACAGCCAACCAGCAAGCCAGUUGGUCGAACGCAUCGUCGAGCAACCCAUUCCCAGCCUUGCCAGCGCCUUCGGGUCGUGUCGGUGCGAAGCCCGGCCAAACGCCUUGGGCCUCCUCAUCUGCCGCAACGAGCGCGCGCCCCUCGCCCAUGCCAUCGCGAGUCGCAUCAUCAACAAACGUAAACAGGAAGCCUGCUGCCGCAGACGCCUUCCCAGCUCUCCCAGCAGCAGCCAAACCCACCAGCACAAUCUUCAGUCCUGGCUACACUGGCCAUGGACUACGACGCGACAACAGCGGACGCAACACUCCAGUUAGUAACCCUUGGGCUGGCCCAUCCGGCACGAACAGCGGUACAUCAACACCGGCUUUGGAGGAUGCAGGAGCGGCAGGGAAGAAGAAGGGCAACAAGGGCAAAAAGCAGACACUCUUCCAGUGGGGUUAG